GACGAGUGUUCGCCGUCCUCGCAAUCGCAUCGCCCGCACCAGAGGAAGUCGUCAAUUCGAAAAUCGUGUUUGCCGCGAGUGAAGAUCCGUUGGAGUGAUUAAUAGGCCGCGUUCGAGGAAGCCAAGUGCGUGCAAAUCUCUGUGAAUCGUGCCAAUUGUCUGGGCAUCCGGGCUGAGAUAAAUGAUUCUGCAAGUCGCCUAGUUGUAAGGCAAUCAGUCGCCGUUGACACUUAGACUGGCGUGUGAGUGAAGCCGGAAAGGGUGUAAUUUAGUAUCCUCCGGCAGUAUAUUUCGGGAAGUGAUAAGUGUUAAUAUCGCACAAGGUUUAGCCAAAGGAAGGGAAAUUGUCGUGAAGUUUGUGUAGACUUGUGGGCCACGUUGGCCAAUUAUGGAAGAGUAGGAGGUGAUAGCAAAGAUCUGACUAGCGACAACGUGUAAACAACCCGAGGCGUCCAGAUAUUUUUGAUGAAGGAAAAUUCAAAUUGGUGGAAAAGCCAGAAAAUCUGCGGAUCAACAUUCAUAGUCGAAUCCCAUCAAUAUUAACGAGUUUCGAAGCUCUGUGAAUGUACCUCGAAGCUUUGUUUUCAGUUUCCUUUCUAUCCUCCAAGCUACACAGUUUGUUUGUGCACAUGAAAUCUAUGGAAUUAACACCCGUAUUAAAAUCCUCCGGCUCUCACUAGAUUCACAGUAUUCGCCUACACGAAUGAAUCCAGUCUAAUUAAUUCGAGGCGCUGUUCUCUUUGGCCCAAAACAGUCGGAUGAUUCUGCCUUUUCGUUCGCCUCGAUUUCAAUGUCAAGCUUAUUACUAAAAAUGUCUUGGAUCUUAUUUUGAUCAACUGCCGAAGGGGAAUCACCUGCACAAUGACUCAUCUCAUGUUCCGACGCGGAGGAAUUUUCACAGUCAUCCUCGUCUUUUGCAAUGGCCAAACACCUGGACACCACAUUAAUACCGCUGGCUUGCCGUCCGUAAGGAUGAACUACUAUUAAUUGACGACAGGAAAUAUUUCACAUUCUGUGUGACGCGUGUGCUACUUGGGACGGGUGUGUGUGUGGGGUGCUUUACGAAAAAUGUCACCGGAAGUGGGACAAAUUUUGGUUGCAGUGGCCCUCUUCCUGGGUUCAGAUGCCAUCCGAAUCGAUACAAUAUCACACGGCCACCAAUCGAGACGGAGCGGUGGCACGGAUGUCUUCUCAUCGCCAUUCCUUGCCGAGCAUAGAGUAACAAAUAUAACGACCCAAAUAGGUACUCAUGCCUAUCUACCGUGUAAGGCGAGACAGUUGGCCAACAAAUCAGUGUCAUGGGUACGAGUUCGAGACGAUCACAUUUUAACGGUGGACCGCACAGUGUUUAUCGCCGAUGACCGCUUCCAAUCCUUCUACGUUGAGGGCACAGGCAUGUGGACGCUGCAGCUGAAAUAUGUGCAAGCUCGUGAUGCUGGAAUUUAUGAAUGUCAGGUGUCUACAGAGCCGAAGGUCAGCGCCCGGGUCCAUUUACACGUAGUAGUACCACGAACUGAAUUGGAUGGCGAACCAAAUCGCUACGUGAAGGCAGGCAGUAAAGUGAUAAUUCGGUGUGUUGUACGAGGUGCCCUAGAGCCACCAGCCUAUGUAUUUUGGUACUUUGGACUAGAGCAAAUUUUCACAGACAAUAGAUACGGGUGGACCAUGCAGACUGAUAGUGAAAGUGAGACCCAUAAUACAAUUGCAUCUCUAAUCAUCCCAUCGGCCCGGAAGCGAGACGCUGGAAAUUACACUUGCAACCCCUCGAAUAGUGAUGCAGUUACUGUACUCUUACACGUUAUCAAUGUUGAAUACUCAGCAUCCGCUGUAAAGUCUGCAGCAUCGGGUCAUGGAAGUGUGCAGAGUGAAAUUGUGGCAAUCAUUGUGGCUGCUCUGGUGCACAUUCAAACGUGACAACAUACUUCCCAGAGUAGUGAUGUAUAAAAAGGACUAUUGUGUAAGAAAAAGACACUAUCUCAUACUGUAAAUUGCUGAAAGAAAUUAAUUGGAAAUUCUACGAGACUUCCAAGUAAUCCCCCCCCCCCCCUAGACACAGAGUGAGUUGGAUGGGGGUAAAGGUGGAGGCACAUUAAUAAUUGCACAGAUGACAUUUCGAAAGAAAUUCAGUGAAUUAAAACGGUAGCUAAAGAAGUAAAAUGAUGGGAUAAACUGAAUGUGAGAUAAUUACAGACGAAAUUAUUCAAUAAAUGAUUAGUAAAAUAAGAAAAUAAUUGAUAUUAAGUGUAAGUGAGAGUAGAAUGAGAAAAAUAAGUAUUCAAUAAUUUACUUAGCUAAAUAAUCCAAAUGGAAGGAAAAAUGAUUUUUUUCUCUGGAGGGUCACUUUCAACUUUUGACCCAUUUCUUUUAUUUUUCUCAUUCUUUCCCUUUUUUCCUGAAUGUGAAAAGGAGAAAUACGGUCGUUCUUAAAGCCUGUGAAAGAAGAACAUUUAUUAAAUGGAUAAGAAAAAAAAGACAUAAAUUAGGACAGGAUAAAAUUCACGUGAAUAGAAAUUGUACAAUGUAUAAAUUGGAGUUAUUGUGUGGGUGAUAAGGUGUAUGAAAGUGAUGAAUUUUGAAAGAUUAAAGUUGAUUCCAGAAAAUAAAAUAUGAAGGAGAUUUAACGAAAAUUUAUAGACAGGGAGCAAAUGUGUAAAACUUAUUACGUGUUGUAAAUUAUUUAAUGAGAGAAAUGAUGAUGAUAAAAAAAUGAAAAUAAAAUUUAAAUCUUAUCAAAGUUUA